CGCCGCCGCCUCGUCGGCUCGCCUCUCGCUCCUCACCGCCCGCAGCAGCCGGCAAGUCCACGGGACUGCGGUGCGCGUGGCCGUGCGCACACCGACCUCGUCGUACGCGGCCUCCUGUCCGUCGUCCGCACCACGCGACCGGCCUCCAUCUGUCGACGUCGACCCCGGCCGCCGCACCCUUCUUGGCUCUCUCGCCGCGCCAUCCUCUCGAGCACCCAUGGCCGACUGGGCAGACCUCACGUCGACCGUGAGGCGGACCAAGGGCGACUGCCCUCCACCGCUUGUCGGAGCAUCCGUCACGCUCGUCGGCGAUGCCGUCUACGUCUUUGGCGGCCGCCCCGUCCACUCGCGCGAGAUGGUCAACUCGCUGUUCGCGCUCGACCUGCGCUCGUCGAGGUGGACCCAGCUGUGGCCCCCCUCGACCGGCUCGACCUCGUCACGCGGGCCUGCGCCGCGCUACUUCCACUCGGCCCAGGCGUGGGGCAACAAGCUCGUCGUGUUCGGCGGCCAGACCUUUGUCGCCGACCCGGCCGCGGCCCUCUCGUCGCCGCCACAAGGCGCCGGCGGCCGCCUCGAGACGCUCGACGAGCUCGUCGUGUUCGACACCGAGUCGCACACGUGGUCGUUCCCGUCGCCGUCGCUCGCGUCGGGCGUCAGUCGCCCCUCGCCCCGUUACGCCCACCUGUCGGUCGUCACGACUGUCGCCUCUCGUCCCUCGCCGCCCGGGUUCCGCCACGAGCCGGCGACGCACUCGUCUCGGCUCGUCGUCCUCGGCGGGCAGGACUACGAGAACAACUACCUGCCCGACCUCGCCGUCCUCGACCUCGACGCCAUGGAGUGGGUCGCCGAGGCGCCGUUCCCGCGCAAGGCCGGCACGUACCGCUCGGUCGCAGCCGUCGCGGCCGUCGGUGUUGCGCCCAUGGAGGAGCGCGUCGCGAGCGAUGGGUCCGUCACGGUGCACUCGGCGCACUCGCUCGAGCCGACCGAGGACCGCGAGGAGCCCGUAUGGGUCUACUCGAACAGCAACUUCGCAAGCCCUCGCCGCGACCUCGACCUCAUCCCGGCCGUGCACGACUCGCUGCGCAACCCGGCCUACCUGUCGAUCUCGGACGCCAUGGAGGGCGACCCGACGCUCCCGCCCGGCCUGCGCUUCCCCAACGCCUACCUCUGCGGCCGCCACCUCGUCCUGUCGGGCGCCCACGUCGGCGUCAAACGCGCCGAGUUCGUCGUCUGGUCGCUCGACGUCGGCGCGCACUACCCGCUCGAGUCGGGCAACGGCGCCGCGAUGCAGUGGAGCGCGCUCCCGCUCGACAAGGUGCUCGGGAGGGGCAGCUGGGGCCCCGCGGUCGGCUGGAGAAACACGCUCGUCGUCGUCGGUGACGCGAGCCGGGACAUGAUGGAGGACUACAACGCGCGCCAGACCAAUUUUGAGCAGGUCGCCUUCGUCGACCUCGAGGGCUUUGGCGUCUCGAUCCCGCCAUCGCAGCCGAUCCCGCCCGUCCAGCAGCAGCUCAGCCUCCUCACGAUGGCGCAGCCUCAACUGUUCGACUUUACGAUCAUCUGCGGCGACCGCGAGCGCCUCGGCUGCAGCCGCAAGCUCCUCGAGGCGCGGUGGCCGUGGCUCGCCAACGAGCUGCGCGCCGUCGAGGCGGCGAGCGCACCCGCCGACGGGCACGCGCCGCGCACGUCGAUGAGUGCCGACGCGUACAGCUCGAGUGACGACGAGGAGCCGAUCGACGGCGCCAUGUCGCGCGUGUCGUCGCCCGUCCCGCCCAGGGCCUCGUCCGCCGAGCAGCUCUCGUUGCUCGGGGCGCCGUCGCGCGCACCGUCUCGCCUGUUCCCGAUCACGCCGCGCUCGCUCGAGCUACCGCUCGCGUCGGGCGACGUCAAGGCGCUCCUCGAGUUCUUCAACACGCUCGCCCUGUCGACCCGCCAGCAGCGGUCCCUCCCCGUCCUCACCUCGCUCCUCGCCUUCACCAAGUCACACGACUCGAUCCUGCCCUCAUUGCGCGCCCUCGUCGUCCAGGCCCUGCACGAGGUGCUCAACCUGCAGCCCGAGACGGCCGCCAAGGUGUACGAGGCGGCGGCGCUCGGCGACAGCGUCGCGCUCCAGAUUCGCGCGAUGCAGGUCAUGCUCGGCGUGCGGCGCGGCAGCGCGCACAGCGUCGAGGUGAGGAGGACGGCGAGCAAGGACGAGCCGAGGCUGUCGGACAUGAGCCAAGGCUCGUCGAUGACCAACCUGUCCAACUACACGGGCUUCGACCACGACUCGUCGUCGUUGCCGUACAGCCGCUCCUCGGUCGGGUCUUCGUCGGCGUCGUCCCUCGUCACGACCUCUGGCGGCGUGCCGUCCUACGUCCCGCCCUCGUCUUCCGCACCCGUCGCCCCUCACGUCGUCCUCCCUCCCCUUCCUCACUCGCACGGCGCCCCCUCGUCGAGGACGGCAUCGCCGAAACUGUCCCUCCCCGUCACCUCGGGCUCUCCCCUGUCGGGCUCGCCUCUCGCCGGCUCGAGCUCGACCUGGACGCCCCGCACGCCGUCGUCUUACCCGCAGCGACACGGCUCGCUCGGCGCCAUCUCGUCGCGCUCGACGCCCUCUCCAAUCCCUCCCUCGUCGCCUCUCCCGCCACCUCCGCCGCACGAGCAGCUGCGGCGCGCGUCGUCGCCGACCUUCUCGUCGCCCCCGUCGACGGGCAUCUCGUCGUCAACGCCGGCGCGCAUCGCCGAGGCGUGGCGCGAGGGCGAGGAGCGCGACCGGCGGCAGCGCGCCGAGGCGGCACGGCUGGCGGCCGAGGCCGACCUCGCGCGCUCGACGGCGGCGAUGCGGCUCGGGCUCGGGCCGGGCCCGACCGAGGCAAUGCGCAAGGCGAGCAUCUCGGGCUCGACCGACGGGAGCGGCGGCGGCGGCGGCGGCGGCGGCGGCGGCGGCGGGUUGCUCGGCUCGGGCUUCUCGAUCGGGCGCAAGGGCAGCACGGCGAGCGAGUCGGGCGGGAGCGCCGGGCGCAAGGGAAGCAUCGCGAGCGACAUGGGUCGCAAGGGCAGCGUCGCGAGCGCCAACACGCUCGACUCGAUCCCCGAGUCGGACCCAGGCCAGUACGGCCCGCUGAACGGCGCGCUCGACGGCUGCGGGUUCGCGUCGAACCAGACGCCGUCGCUCAGCCCGGGCCCGAGCAGCACGGCGAGCAGCAGCGCCGGCGACACGUCGUCGAUCCGGACCAGCACGUCGAACGAGACGCGCUUGAGCUCCGAGCGCGCAGCGGCGGCGGCGCACAAGGCGGCCGAGACGACGGCCAAGGUGGUCAAGAAGGGCAUCUUUAGCGGCUUGAUGGGCCCGACGAUCCACAACGCCGGCACGACCAAGAAGGGCCCGACGGGGCCGGCGCCGAAGAGGGCGUACCCGCGGCCGACGCCGAGGACGGCAAAGGGGGCGCAGGCGCUCGCGAGGCUCGACGACCAGUUCGACCAGGGCUCGUCCGCCGGCUCGUCGUCGUCGUCGUUCCGCUCCUGA